AUGGCCAGCUCCGGUUACGACGCUGUCGUCGAUGUGGAUGAUGAGGGCGACCUCGGCCACACCGAUCUCCAAGAAGACCUCGAGUUCCACACCUCCAACUUCAACGACACAAACCCCAACACCCGCAAGCCCCCGUCCGGAGGAAGCGGCCUCCCUGCGCCAGCUACAGCUUCCACCUCGGGCUCGUCAAAGCGCUUCCUCUGGUCCAUGAGCUUCUAUGCCCAGUUCUUCGAUGUCGAUACUUCAGCUGUGCUUGCGCGAUGCUGGGCCGCGCUGUUCCCCCGGGCCAACUUCCUCGAUGUGCUCGAGGGCAACCCUGACCUUUACGGGCCCUUUUGGAUCGCCACGACCGUGGUUUUGAUUCUCUUCCUGGGUGGUACUAUCAGCCAGUACCUCUCCGACACUGGAAAGGGACCUUUCCUCUAUGAUUUCAAGCUGCUCAGCGGCGCUGCCGGUCUUAUCUACGGCUACACCCUCUUCAUCCCCAUGGGUCUCUUCCUCGCCCUCCGCUACUUUGGCAGCGAGUCCGCCAACCUCCUCGAGUGCUGGGCCCUCUACGGCUACUCCAACCUCAUCUGGAUCCCCGUCGCCCUCAUCAGCUCUUCGCCCAUCUCCAUCCUCAACUGGGUCUUUGUCGCCGUCGGCUUCGGCAUGUCGGUCGCCUUCCUGCUGCGCAACUUGUACCCCGUGCUCAGCGCCACCGAUCGCCAGGUCAGCAAGAUCCUGCUUGUCGUGGUGGUUGUUCUGCACGCCGGUCUGGCGCUCGCCAUCAAGAUCCUCUUCUUUGCUCAUGGUAGCCCCGUGGCGAGCAAACCAGAUGACAAGAAGGGCAGUCGCAUGUUUUAA